AUGUUCAAAAGUCGAAUGUUGGUGAAGAUACGCCUUGCUCAAAGUUUGGGCAAAAUGGCCGGGACUCAGUCGAGAAGAUGUCAGCAUGAUAGAAGUGAAAUCAAAUACACUAUUCAACUUUUUACUAGAGACCGCGAAGGUGCUGCGAGAACUCAGGUAAGACAUCUUCACGAAGACAUCGGAAUUUCUCAGACAAUGUCACUAGUUUCCAACCAAGACGUGGUUGUCGAGGAGGAGAAUCCAGAAGUGACGCUGGCACAGAUUCUUAAUGUUUCGAACUUUGUUGAGAAAUACUUGGAUAUUGAUGAGAUCUCUUACGAAAUCUUUGAAAAAAAACUGAGAGUGAAAUACUGGGAUAAAGAGAAAUGGAUCAGUACGAAUAACGAAGAAGAUCAGACGAAGAUAAUUCAAAGGGAUUUGAUGUCGAUUCUUUGUAAUGAGAAGCUGAGAAUUGACACUUUAAAAAUCGAAGACUAUCAGGAAGAUUAUUUUAUAACAUCUCUGGUUGGAAUGAGAGCACUACAAAACACUUUGAACCAACUUCCCAACAAACUGAAGGUCCUCAAUUUGGAUUACUAUGUUGAAGAAGACGAAAGAGAAUGUUUCAUAGCAGCAUUAAAGACGAUAGACCUGGAGCAUCUCAAAUCCCUUCAACUCAGGUUUGGACAUGCUGGUUAUAAGUGGGCUCCAAUUUUUAAAGACUUGUAUGAUCUAGAAGAAUGGAAACGUGUGAAAUCGUUAAAAGUUGAAGGGGGUCUGUCGUUAUCAGAAACUAUCAGCAACUACACUCAUUUCGAGAAUGCUCAAUUGGAGAUUUUUCGACGACGCGAUGGUACUGACAAGCAAGUCUCCAAACAAUACAACACCAAUAAUACACCGUUUCCGUGCUGGGUUAGUAUUCCAUACCCGGAUUCUGAUAAGAAAUUGGAGAUGUUGGUGGAGAACAGGAACAUAUGGUUCAAAGGACCGUGUUAUGUGGAGGAAGAAGGAGAAGAAGAGAGGACAAUGCUGAGGAAGGAAAAGACAAUGUCGUUAAUUGUCAAUCAAGACGUGGUUGUCGAGGAGGAGAAGCCAAAACUGACGUUGACACAGAUUCUAAAUGUUCCAGACUUUGUUGAGAAAUACUUGGAUAUUGAUAUGAGACUUUGCCUCCGUGCGACGUGCACUACGAUCAGGGAAAUCAUUAAUGAAAAGCAGCUAGACAUGGAUUGUCUCACCUAUAAAUGCAAUCAAAACAUUAUCGAGAUUUCUACAAAUCGGGACUUCAAGAUCUCUUACAAAAUCAUUGGAGGAGGACUGAGAGUGAAAUACUGGGAUAAAGAGAAAGUGAUCAAUACGGAUGAUGAAGUAGAUCAGAUUGAGAUGCCGCUAGUUUUCAAUCAAGACGUGGUUGUCGAGGAGGAGAAGCCAAAAGUGACGCUAACACAGAUUCUUAAUGUUCCAGACUUUGUUGAGAAUCACUUGGAUAUUGAUACGAGGCUUUGCCUCCGUGCGACGUGCACUACCAUCCGGAAAAUUAUCAAUGAAAAGCUGCUAGACAUAGAUUGUCUCAUCUAUAAAUGCAAUCAAAACAUUAUCGAGAUUUCUACAAAUCGGGACUUCAAGAUCUCUUACAAAAUCAUUGGAGGAGGACUGAGAGUGAAAUACUGGGAUAAAGAGAAAGUGAUCAAUACGGAUGAUGAAGUAGAUCAGAUUGAGAUAAUUCAACGAGAUUUUAUGUCUAUUUUUGGUCAAGGCAAAAUGAAAAUUGAAACUUUAAGAAUCGAAGACCGGCCGGGAAACGGGUUUUUUAGACACUCUGAGAUUGGAAAAAGAGCACUGCUAAGAACUUUCAACGAACUGUUCAACAAACUGAAGGUCCGCAAUUUGGAGUACUCGGCUGACGACUGGGAUUUCGCUUUAGUAGUUGCACUGAGGACGAUAGACCCGGAGCAUCUCAAAAUCCUUCAAAUCGAUAUUGAAUCUCUUGAAGAUGAUAUUUAUUACAUUGACCGAUCCUUGUUUCAUCUAGAAGAAUGGAAACGCUGUCUCUGUUAUGCGAGUGAUGUGCCUGUACACGCUGUUGUAAUGAAACUUAAAGAUCAAAUCCUAUUGAAUCCCACUCUCAAACAGAUGAAAAUUCGAAUGAACUGGAAGAUUACGGAUCGUGAUUUUGAAUAUAUUAAAGCGAGUCUUCAACAAUACAACACAGACAAUGCUCCGUUUCCGUGCUGGGUUAGUAUUCCAUACCCGGAUUCUGAGAAAAAAUUGGAAUUGUUGGUAGAGAAGAAGAUGAUAUGGUUCAAAGGUCCGUGUUAUGUGGAGGGAGAGGAGGAGGAGGACGAAGAAGAUAGUAGUGAUGAAGAAGAGCGUGAUGAGGAGGAGGACGAUGAGGAGGAUGAGGUUGGAGAAGACGCUGAGGAAGGAGACGAAGAAGAAGAAUUAGAUGAAGAUGAGAUACUGCCGCUAAACGCUUUGAAUUUAAACGAUUCUUAA